CUUCCGCUUCCGUAGCUGUAGGGUAGCACAGGGGGGUAGCAGAUCAUAAUCAUGAUGUAAACUUUAGGCAAGAUUCGAGUUCUGAAGUACUUGCGACAGAUAUAACAGGUCAUUCUGGGAAAAUGUGGGUAACAGCAGCUACCGUGGUCAUCAGUCUUCUUUUUGUACAAUCUUGUGCCGCAGUUUCACAGAUCGGAGAAAGCCCCAAUGUGCUUUUUCUGGUGAUUGAUGACCUCCGCCCUGCACUCGGUUGCUAUGGAUACCAGAACGUGGUCACGCCCAACAUUGAUCAGCUGGCAGCUAAGGGGAUCAAGUUUAACAAUGCAUUUGUCCAGCAAGCGGUCUGCGGUCGCCGGACAUCGUUCCUGACCGGUCGCAGGCCAGAUACGACCCGUCUGUACGACUUCUACUCCUACUGGAGAACGGCGGCCGGAAACUUCACCACUCUGCCGCAACACUUCAAGGAAGCCGGCUACUUCACAGCUUCUGUGGGCAAAGUCUUCCACCCAGGAAUAGCAUCAAACUUCAGUGAUGAUGCUCCGUACAGCUGGUCUGUUCCUGCAUACCACCCUCCCACACAGCAGUUCAAGAUGAAAAAAGUUUGUCCAGGACCGGAUGGUGAGCUCCAUAUGAACCUGGUGUGUCCUGUAGACGUGAACUCCCAGCCUCUUGGGUCCCUCCCUGAUAUCCAGAGUGCAGACUACGCUAUAGAGUUUCUCCAAAAUGUUUCUGCCUCCUCCCAAGCAAGUCAGACACAACCAUUCUUUUUGGCCGUGGGAUUCCACAAGCCUCAUAUUCCAUUCAAGUACCCCAGAGAAUUUCAAGACUUGUAUCCUCUCUCCACCAUCCACCUGGCCCCCGACCCUUCCCUUCCCCCAAAUCUCCCUACGGUUGCCUGGAAUCCCUUCACUGAUAUCCGCAAACGUGAGGAUGUCCAGACACUGAACAUCAGUUUUCCCUACGGACCUGUACCAAGGCAGUUUCAGUUGCUGAUGAGACAGAGUUACUAUGCAGCCACCAGCUACAUGGACAGUCAGGUGGGCAGGGUGCUGUCAGCACUGGAUAACCAGGGACUGGCCGCAAACACUAUUGUUGUACUGGUGGGAGACCAUGGUUGGUCCCUUGGGGAACACCAGGAGUGGGCCAAGUACAGUAACUUUGAAGUGGCCACACGAGUCCCUCUGAUAUUCUACGUACCAGGUGUCACUCACCGGCCAGAGAGGGGAGAAUCUACCUUCCCAUAUAUAGACGUUCUAGAGUUGUACAGUAAUGAAAUAUCAAACUAUGACGUUGCACCAGCUAGAACAAAUGAAAAUGUAGUCCAGAAAAACAGUUGCAACAGGGAAGGAUCACCUCCUUGCUAUUUACAAACUCUACCAUCAGAAGGGUACGAGAGUAAUGCUUUAGUGGAACUGGUGGACAUGUUUCCUACCCUCGCAGAGCUGGCAAACCUGACGACACUGCCGCUCUGUCCGACGGAUUCCUCAAAAGUUGAGCUCUGUACCGAGGGUAGCAGCUUUGUGCCAGUGAUGUUGAAUGUCACAAAGGAGACUGGUGACCACAAUACGUUAAUAACAUGGAAGCCAGCAGUGUUCAGUCAGUACCCACGUCCCUCCAAGAAACCACAGACGAACUCUGAUCUCCCCCACCUGAAGGACAUCAAGUACAUGGGGUAUUCCAUGAGGACAGAGCAGUACCGCUACACAGAAUGGGUCACAUUCAACUCCAAGACUUUCAAACCUGAUUUUGACCGUGUCGCAGCUCGAGAAUUGUACCUACAUGACACAGAUGAUCUGGAGGAUCAUAAUAUGGCAGGGAAAAGUGAACACAGCCAACUCGUGAAACUGUUGUCACAGCAACUCAGGAAGGGCUGGAGAGAUGCUCUUCCUGCAGUCUAAUUGUUAUAUUGGAACAUAGGCCUUAAAUUGCCUGUACAUGUAUGUUCAACUCUAUUUUUUUUUUCUCGGCACUUUCUCCCAUAACAACACAGCACCACAUCUUCAAACAAUAUUCACUUCUUA